UAAAAGAAAAGACAAUAAAUGAAAGGCGACUUGAAGAUGGGGGCGCCAGCUCAAGGCUUAUCGGACACCCGCAGAGACUCGUCGUUCUCAGUGGAUAUGAGGAACUGUGUCAUCGACAUUAUAAAGAAGCUGAAGGGGUUCCGGUCAAGCAAACAGCUGCAUCAGCCAGUGUUCGAAGUGGAUAUCACCAACUUGUGCCACGCGACGCGACAGUUGUUCCUCGAUGAGCCGAUGCUGCUGCAUGUGAAGGCGCCGUUGCGCGUCGUUGGGGAUAUACAUGGCCAGUUCUCAGAUCUGCUGAGAAUGCUAGAGCACUGCAGAUAUCCGCCAGACGCCUCAUAUCUCUUUCUGGGCGACUACGUGGAUCGGGGCAAGAACUCGGUGGAAACGAUAACGCUCUUGCUGGCCCUCAAGCUCAUCUAUCCCAGUAAAAUGUUCCUGCUGCGCGGCAACCACGAGUCGCAGGCGAUAAAUCGGGCCUACGGAUUCUUCGACGAGUGCAAGCGCCGCUACACGAUCAAGCUGUGGAAGACGUUUGUCGACUGCUACAACUGCAUGCCGGUGGCAGCGAUUAUAUCGGAUCGGAUCUUCUGUUGUCACGGCGGCUUGAGUCAAAGCCUAGUCAAGUUGGACGACAUUGAUGCGCUGACUCGCCCCACCGACGUGCCGGAGGAGGGUCUCAUGUGUGAUCUUUUGUGGAGCGAUCCGGACAUUCAGAACUUCGGCUAUACGGCCAGCGAUCGUGGGGUUAGUUUUCUCUUCGGACGCGAUGUGGUUGAGAAGUUCCUGCGCAAAUUUGACUUUGACCUGAUCUGUCGGGCCCAUCAGGUCGUCGAGGAUGGCUAUGAGUUUUUUGCCAAGCGUCAACUGGUCACCAUAUUCUCGGCGCCCAAUUACUGCGGCACGUUCGAUAAUGCCGGAGCUUCAAUGGGCGUCGAUAAGGAUCUGGUGAUUACGUUUGACGUGCUGCGGCCAUCCAAGAAGAGUUCAUCGAAGGAGCGCCGACUUCAGCCGAAAGAGCGCAGUGCCCUAAUCAUAAACUGAGCACAUCAAAUCCC